AGAAACAGAAAAAAAUGAAGAACCAGGCCAGGGAUGGUGGGUAGUCAAACUCGCGAGUUGACUCGUACGAGUCUACGAUUUUGAGGAUCGGCGGUAGCUUACCGAUCUGAGACGGCUGCAGAAUCGCGAAAUCCAUGGAAUCGUUCGGAUCGACGAUUCGGCUCGUGGAAACACAGGAUCGGGUACAAUCGCCGAGUCUGAGAAGUCCAAAUAGCGUCUCUUCAAAAUCUCCUUCCAAUCGCUUCUGGAACUACAAUUGGAAAGUCGCGUCUGUUGCGACUCCCAAUUUGGAUUGAAAAGCAGCGUAAAUACUAAAUAGAUUCCCAAUUUGAAUAGGAAAGCAGCAUAUCAGACGUAUGACGUAUCUUCUUCUAUUUAUUUGGGAAUCGAGACUUCUCUGCGUAUCAGCCUUCCUUCUUUUUUUUCUCCAGCGACAUUUUUUUUCUCCUGCGAAUCAUCUGUGUCUGUCGCCGGCUUCUUCUUUCUGCCUCUACUCUCUUACAAUGUCAAUCCCUACUUCAGCCACUCCAUUUAGUAGACCAAUUGCAAAAAAUGCUCCUAGGCAGAAAACAAAUGUUGCUUGGGAACAUUGCAAAGCAAUUGAUUCUAGCAAUAGAAAGAUACAAUGUAAUUAUUGUAGCAAAGUCAUAACCGGGGGGGUGUUCCGUAUGAAGCAUCACUUAGCAGGGACACAAAAGGAUGUGGGUGCUUGCAAAAGUGUUUCUGAUAAGUUGAGGCAAGAAAUGUGGGACAUUGUAGUUACCUCUAAAGAGAAAAGGCGAAAAGAGGAUGAAGACGAUGAUGAUGAUUGUGAAAAUGUUGGUUUCAAAAGAAAAAUCAACGACGAGGUUGGUGAUGGAUCGAAUACUUUUUCCAAAAAAAGGGCGACCAAUCAAAGCACCAUUAAUAGCAUGUACAAGAAGAGUUUGAGAGAAGAUGCAUGUCUAGCAAUUUCGAGAUAUUACUUCAACAAUGCCAUAGCAUUCAACACGGCAAGAAGUGAAGAGUUUCGUAUCAUGUGUGAUUUGAUUGCAAAACAUGGACCCGGAUUCAAGCCACCGUCAUAUCAUGAGAUCAGAGUAAAGUAUUUAAAACAAGAAGUGGAGUCGACAGAACGCAUUGUCAAUGAACAUAGGAGCGAAUGGAAGAAGACAGGGUGCACGAUAAUGAGUGAUGAGGACUUCGAAAACAAAAUCCCAAUCCAUGGAGUGACAAUUCCUAAUGGUCGCAAAAUCACUACUUAUAUUUACUCUAGACCUUCUCUGAUUCCUCUAUUACACCACUUCACAGAUGGGAAAGAUUUGGUGAGACCGGGAAUGACCCGAUUUGCUACUGCUUAUCUAACUUUGGGGUGUCUUUAUGAAAACAAAGGUGGUUUAAUUAGAAUGUUUACCUCAGAAGAGUGGAAGACAAACAAACACUCAAAAAUAAAGGAUGGAAAAGUUGUGGAGGAGAUUGUGUUGGAUAAGGACUUUUGGAAAAGCAUAGUGAUAUGCUUAAAGGGUGCAUUACCUCUCAUUGAGGUGCUUCGUUUGGUUGAUUCUGAUGAGCAUCCUGCCAUGGGAUUUCUUUACGAGGCAAUGGACCGAGCAAAAGAAAAGAUACAAGCAGCUUUCCAAAAUGUCAAGAAAAGUUAUAGGCCUUUGUGGAGUGUCAUUGAUCUCAGAUGGAAUAAACAACUUCAUAGGCCCUUGCAUGCCGCAGGCUAUUAUCUUAACCCUCGCAUGCACUAUAGCCCCGGUUUUAAAGUUGAUUAUGAAGUUAAACAAGGCGUAUAUGAUUGUUUACGACGCAUGGUGGCUGAUAUCGAAGAACAAGCAAGGAUUGAUGUUCAACUACAGGACUUUAAGAAGCGUCAAAAGUUAUUUGGUUCUCCAUUAGCUCAGAAGACAUUUGAUAAGCUAAGUCCAGCAGAUUGGUGGGACUCAUAUGGAGAUGAACAUCCAGACCUUCAAAAACUUGCGAUUCGAGUAUUGAGCUUGACAUGCAGUUCAUCAGGAUGCGAGCGUAAUUGGAGUGCAUUUGAGAUGGUCCAUACAAAGAGAAGAAAUCGUAUGAAGCAGAAAACAAUGAACGAUGUUGUUUUUGUCAUGACUAAUUCAAAAUUGGCAAAAAAGAAGAAAGCCAGGAGAUCAAAUCCGCUCAAACUAGAAUAUCUUUCGUCAGAUGAUGAGUGGAUUAUGGAAGAUGUUGGUGAAGACCCAAAAGGUGAUGAAGUUGCUGCUGGCAAUAACUCCACAGAUGUUCCAACACAAAAUGGAGAAGAAGAGGCUGCUGCAAAUGUUCAACCUGAACAUGAAGAGGAGUUGGAUGUCACCAAUUUGGAUGAGGGAGAUGAAGAUGAAGAUCAAGAACUUGAGGAUUAUGAUUUUAGCAUUGAUAAUUAUGUUUUAGAUGUUUAAGAAUAAAGUUUUAAGUCAUUU